AGUGCAUCUCCCUACCCCACUCCGUUACUUCCCUCAUGGCCUCUAAACCCAUCCGUGAAUUCGACGCGAAACUCCUACUGGCGUACUGGUUGCCCUUGGCGCCUCCGCCAUGCGCCAACUACCCCACUGUCAGCGAGAGCUUCAAGUCCCCGAAGCCUCGUGUCGCGCAGUUCGCUUGGACUGAAGAGACCUCCGGCGACGCUUAUCUCGCGACGCCUUCAUGGGUUGAUGCUUCGACCAAACUCGUAGCCAAGCCCGACAUGCUUAUCAAGCGUCGUGGUAAGGCUGGGCUGCUUAGCCUGAACAAAACCUGGGAUGGGCCCGAUGGUGCCAAGGCUUGGAUUGCCGAGCGCGCCGGAAAGCCCGUCAAGGUCGAGCACACGACGGGUAUCCUCACCAAUUUCAUCGUCGAACCUUUCCUUCCCCACCCUUCCAACACGGAAUACUACGUCUGCAUCAACUCCGGCCGUGAGGGUGAUACCAUCCUCUUCACACAUGAAGGUGGUGUCGAUAUCGGCGAUGUUGAUUCCAAGGCCGUCCGUCUAGAGCUCCCUGUGUCAGUCCUCUCCGGGUCUGCCUCAUUCCCCACACGCGACUCCAUCAAGUCGACUCUCCUCGCAGCUGUUCCCCACGGCAGCCAGGAUGCGCUUGUGGACUUCAUCACCCGUCUCUACGCAGUCUACGUUCACCUUCACUUCACGUAUCUAGAAAUCAACCCUCUCGUUUGUCUCGAAGGUGGCGAGAUCCACUUCUUGGACAUGGCGUCCAAGCUCGACCAAACCGCCGACAGUAUCUGCGGGCCGAUGUGGGCGAUCGCGCGUGAUGCCUCUGUACUGGAGGAGCUCUUCACUGGAGCCGCUCCCAAGGCUGCCCCCGCUGCCGCUGGCAAGAAGGGUGGCGUGCAGACGGACCGUGGACCCCCGAUGGUCUUCCCCGCACCAUUCGGUCGUCAAUUGACAACCGAGGAGGCAUAUGUCCAGAAGCUGGAUGCGUCGACCGGCGCCUCUCUGAAGCUCACCGUUCUCAACCCUAAAGGUCGUGUUUGGACAAUGGUUGCUGGCGGAGGAGCCAGUGUUGUGUACUCGGAUGCGAUUGCAGCGCACGGCUUUGCCGGCGAGUUGGCUAACUACGGAGAGUACAGUGGUGCCCCCACGGAAGGCCAAACAUACGAGUACGCUCGCACUGUCCUCGGCUUGAUCACGCGUGGUGCCCCACACCCCGAUGGCAAAAUCCUUAUCAUUGGCGGCGGUAUUGCCAACUUCACCAAUGUUGCUGCGACUUUCAAGGGUAUCAUCCGUGCCCUCAAGGAGUUCAAAACUGGUCUAAUCACGCAUGCCGUCAAGAUCUAUGUUCGUCGUGGCGGUCCCAACUACCAGGAAGGUCUCCGUGCUAUGCGCCUCCUCGGAGAGAGCUUGGGUGUGCCCAUCAAGGUGUAUGGGCCUGACACUCACAUCACCGAUAUUGUGCCCAUCGCCCUGGGCGUUGACCUCGAGAACAAGCCCAACACUGUGCCCAGCACGGGAACGACGACUCCGACCGCCGUUUCUGUCGAAACGGUUCCUCCAAAGAGCAGCUCGCCUGCCGUCGGAGAAAUUCAUCCGUCUGGCUCUCGCACGCAGCCUGACGACCAGAUCGUGCGCUUCACCACGGAGGAAGUUGCCGGUUCUCGACCGACUUACCGGCCUUUCGAUGAGAUGACGCGUAGCUUUGUGUACGGUCUCCAGCCCCGGGCGAUCCAGGGCAUGCUCGACUUCGACUUUUCUUGCGGUCGCAAGAACCCGAGUGUCGCGGCAAUGGUGUAUCCCUUCGGUGGACACCACAUGCAGAAGUUCUAUUGGGGCACCAAGGAGACACUAUUGCCCGUCUACACUUCGGUCGCCGAGGCCGUCAAGAAGCACCCCGACGUCGAUGUGGUCGUCAACUUUGCCUCGUCGCGGUCUGUGUAUUCGAGCACGGUGGACAUCCUGAAGUACACCCAGAUCCGCAGCAUUGCGUUGAUCGCUGAGGGUGUCCCUGAGCGUCAUGCUCGCGAGCUGCUCUGGCUGGCGCACGAGCGUGGUGUGUUGAUCAUUGGCCCCGCCACUGUCGGUGGAAUCAAACCUGGCUGCUUCCGUAUCGGAAACUCUGGCGGAAUGAUGGAUAACAUCAUCGCAUCUAAGCUGUACCGCGCCGGAUCAGUCGGUUAUGUGUCCAAGUCUGGAGGCAUGUCGAACGAGCUGAACAACAUCCUGUCGCUGGUGACCGACGGAACAUACGAGGGUAUCGCCAUCGGUGGCGAUCGUUACCCGGGAUCGACCUUCAUCGACCAUCUGUUGCGCUAUGAGGCUGACCCGAACUGCAAGAUGCUCGUUUUGCUGGGUGAGGUCGGUGGUGUCGAGGAGUACCGUGUGAUCGAGGCGGUUAAGAGUGGACGUAUCACCAAGCCGAUCGUCGCAUGGGCCAUUGGAACCUGCGCGAAGAUGUUUGACACUGAGGUCCAGUUCGGUCACGCUGGCUCGAUGGCCGACUCAGAGAUGGAGACGGCCGAUGCGAAGAACAAGGCGAUGCGGGCUGCUGGUUUCGUUGUCCCGGAGACCUUCGAAGAGCUUCCGCGCGUUUUGAGAGAGACGUACCAGAGUCUCGUUUCCCGGGGCGUCAUCUCGGAGAAGAGCGAGCCAGAUCCACCAGUCAUCCCGAUGGAUUACAAGUGGGCCUCCGAGCUCGGACUGAUCCGAAAGCCCGCUGCAUUCAUCUCGACCAUCAGUGACGAGCGUGGACAAGAGCUGCUGUACGCUGGUAUGCGUAUCUCGGAUGUCUUCAAGGAAGAUAUUGGACUGGGUGGUGUUGUGUCGCUGCUGUGGUUCAAGCGCCGCCUUCCUCCUUGGGCGACCAAGUUCAUCGAGAUGGUGCUCAUGCUCACUGCCGACCACGGUCCUGCCGUGUCUGGUGCGAUGAACACCAUCGUCGCGACUCGUGCCGGCAAAGACCUGAUCUCUUCGCUCGCUUCGGGUCUGUUGACCAUCGGCUCCCGAUUUGGCGGUGCGCUCGACGAAGCGGCAUCGAUGUUCUCGCAGGCACGGGAUACGGGUCUUACUCCCCGCGAGUUCGUCGACAACUCGCGCAAGGCCAACAAGCUCAUCUCCGGCAUCGGACACAAGAUCAAGAGUGUCAACAACCCAGACCUCCGUGUCGAGCUCGUGAAGGAGUUUGUGCGCAAGAACUUCCCUGCCCACAGCCUGCUCGACUACGCGCUCGCCGUCGAGAAGGUCACCACAGCCAAGAAGGACACGCUCAUCCUGAACGUCGAUGGAUGCAUCGCCGUUUGCUUUGUCGAUCUUCUUCGGGACUCGGGUGCGUUCACACCCGAGGAGGCGGAUGAGUAUGUCAGGAUUGGCACGCUCAAUGGCUUGUUCGUGCUGGGUCGCAGCAUUGGAUUCAUCGGCCACCAUCUCGAUCAGAAACGCCUCCGCGAGCCGUUGUACCGUCACCCAGCCGAUGAUAUCUUCAUUAACAUGGCUGAUGUCAACCAGCCUCGGGUUUUGGGUCGCAUGCAGUAGCUGGUCAUCUUUAGAUAUAAUGCAAUCAUACUUUCUUUUCUCUUCUCUGUACAAGGGCUGUCUGUGAGUGGUCCAGAUAGCGAAGCAAGUACCACCACGUCACAAUGCAGAUGAUACCCAGCCAAAGAUUUAGUAAAAGCUUGUGUUUGUAGGCUCAUACAUGUUUAAAUAGCUCCCUCAUCGCUCGUCUCCGGCCAAAGAAUCAAUCCGUGUCCAUAGAUUGUAUCAACCAAUGCACCCUGCUCGUUAUCAAGUUGAAAAAGCGGCAUAGAGGGUGGCCGGACGCGCAUCCAGAUCUGACGAUGGGUGUCGGUCAUGGCGUAUCCGUCGCCGAUGAGGAACUGUGCGACCUCCGUUUGAUCGGAAGUAAUCUUGAACCAAGCUGACCAUGGACUCGAUCCUGUGAUGGGCACCCCUUUGUCGUUGACGAUGAUCACUCGAUAGGACAGGUGGGAGCCCACGGGAACCCUGCCUUUUAUACCCAUGCGGACUUUUCCCUGGAAGUAUCAGUUCUCGUGAGCGAAACCGUCAGUGUCACAGUGGAGAUGAAAAAACUCACAACGCGCACAGGUGGAAAUUGAGGAGUGGCAGGCUUGUUUUGCGUGAUGAAGUCACUGAACAGUCCUUGGAGUUUGUUCCAAGCGCUGCGAGCAGGCUGGAUGUCCCUGUCCAACCGGGUCCCUAGAUGCUUGAUAUAGUCCGGUUUAUUGAGAUUCCCAAACUCCCCCAGCUCUCGGUCAUUGUCGUCACUCUUAUUUCCCAUUCCGUCCGAGUAAUCCCUGCCACCCGACCUACCCACCAGGCCAGCCACCUCUAAUCGUUGCCCCGUCUUGUUAUCUUUGAUAAAUACCCUCUCGCGAACACUCUCCUUGUCAGCAGAGCCAAAAGCUCGAUCGUACCAAGCGGUAUCAAAAUGGUCGAACUCGAUAGAGAUGCUGUUGAUACGAUCCUGUCUGGCCCAGUGGAUGUGGCCCUCGGUCUGUUUGAGCAGAUCCGGAAGAUGGGCUUGACAUCCUUCGUAGGCGAUGCGCAGUGCGCCGAGGCGAGCGUUGUAUUCGUGAAAGUUGUUCUGGCGACGAUGAUAGCGAGCCAUGUGAGCGUAAGCAGUGCAACGAAUCCAGUAAGCCUGGAAGAUGCAGAGGACGGCAGCGACGAGCCAUUGGAGCUCAUUGCCAUGGUCAUGCCCGUCAAGCUGGACCCCGUCACGGAGGGUGUCGAAUGCGUGUUGGAGGGAACCACCUGACUGAGUCGAUCUCGACAAGUUGUCCAGUGUGGUCUGAUGACUGAUUUCAGUCGCGAAAAGGUGUAAAAUAAGUUGUGAAGCAGCUUACAUCAAGAGCACGAAAAUCGUCGCUGGACAUGGUGUUCGUCAUAGCCUGCAGCGUCUUCAAAUCCUCCUGGAAAUCUCGCAGAUCAUUGAUAGCUUUUUUGAUAUCACCACUCCGCAAGCCAUCUUGGACCGCAGCUAGAAUAUUUUCACGGGUGUUUUGGUUGUACCGACUCAAUUUUGACGGUUGCAAGGCGGCAAAGGCCAGUCCUAGAAUAGCUGAAAGCACGAUGCCUUCCGGUCCGACAACAAAGAGCAUUGUCUCCGCUGCUACGACGAUGGGACCAACCCAGUCUGCAGUGCCGGUAGCAGGGAUAAUCUUCGCGGAGGGCGUGCCUGCCUUAUAGAACUCCUG